GUGCGGGGGCGCGCACAAGGGGAGGAGGUUUUAUCUGCUACUGCGACGGCGCGUGAUAUCCUUCCGCGGGAGUCUAGCGCGCGGCCCUUUCCCUCCCGACAACACAGGAUGAGAACAAGCAGCAUUGCUGCUUAGAGACCUUUUACCUUAAGCAAUUAAAAAUAGUACAUCGGCAGUGUAACCCAACAGCUGUGGAAUAUUGGGCGUUUGUGUUGUUUCUUCUCUUGGCACUGCUUAGCGUUGCUUACUUUUUGGCACAUCGGUUGAACACUGAAGAAAUAUAAUCCGGUUUGAGUUGUGCGCGGCAAUCUAACUAGCCAGCUAGCGACUACUUCUGUGAAGAGUGGCUGGGACAGAAUGGAGCUGAUAACAAUCCUCGAAAAAACUGUAUCUCCAGAUCGGAAUGAGCUGGAGGCGGCACAGAAGUUUCUGGAGCAGGCGGCAAUUGAAAAUUUGCCCACGUUCCUGGUGGAGCUGUCCAAGGUCUUGGCCAACCCUGGUAACACACAGGUAGCUCGAGUCGCCGCCGGGCUGCAGGUGAAGAACUCCCUAACCUCAAAGGACCCAGAUGUGAAGACGCGCCAUCAGCAGAGAUGGCUGGCCAUCGAUGCCAACGCCCGCCGGGAGAUCAAGAAUUACGUGCUGCAGACCCUGGGCACGAAACUGCACUGCCCAGUCAAGGCCCCUGCGGCAGGUCUCGCCAGUUCCAUGGGCACAACCAGUGGUUUCUUGUCCCCAGCUGGUGGCCAACUACUAAUGAGCACAAAGGAGUCCAUCUGA